CACGAAUGGACACGAAUGUCUGGAAACUGGUGCAUUCAGGGCUCAGAGUCACACAGUUACUGGACCUGCACACACGCAACACCUUCAGCUCUGUGCUUAACAACAGGUUCAUCUGGAACAGCAGCUCUUGAGAGAAUGAAGGCCGUGAUUGUGUUGCUCGUACCUCUUCUGCUUCCCUUGGUCUCUGCUCAGACGUUUCGUUGGGGCCCCUGCCCAACACCAAUGGUUCAGCCAAACUUUGAAUUAAACAAGUAUCUUGGAAAGUGGUAUGAGAUCGAAAAGCUCCCAGCAUCCUUUGAGAAAGGCAAGUGCAUUGAGGCAAAUUAUGCACUAAGGCCUGACAAAACCGUCCAAGUUCUCAAUGUUCAGACAUACAAAGGAAAAGUAAGAACAGCAGAGGGCACAGCAAUCAUUCAGGACCCGAAGGAGCCAGCAAAGCUUGGAGUCAGUUUCUCCUACUUCACUCCCUAUGCACCAUACUGGGUCCUGUCUACUGACUACAACAGCAUUUCCCUUGUUUAUUCGUGCACUGAUGUUCUCCGGCUCUUCCAUGUGGACUAUGCCUGGAUCCUGUCACGCUCACGCAGUCUGCCCGCAGAGGCCGUCUACCAUGCAAAAGAGAUCUUCUCACGUGACAACAUCGACGUGAGCAAAAUGACUCCCACAGAUCAGCAAGGAUGCAAUGGUACUUUGUAAACAAUGAAGACUGAAAUAUAUAUUUUUGGUUUAGAAAAGUGCCUUCACUAUUACUAUUAUGGGUGAAAAUGGUUUGAACUGUCAUUAUAAAACUACUCAUGUUGCUUUUAACCUACUGUGUAUAUGUAUUUUGAAAUAAAUAAAUAAAUAAAAAAUAAAUAAAUAAAAGGCAUUAUCCUUUGCUGAUGGA